AUUUCUUUAAUGACGGGAAAAAAAAGGUCGUUACUUUGGGUGUUGCAAUCGAAGAGAGAGAGAGAGAGAGAGCCCAUAGAGAAACCAACCCAAGAACCACUUCGGCCGCAACAGCUCACCCACCUCUCGUAUUCUCGUAUAAAUCCAAAUCAAGAACUGGCAUCUGUCUAAUGCGCUUAAAUUUUGAUAGUGAGGAGAGGAUUGAAGAUCCAGAGACAUUUUCAUUUUACCAAAAUCCAAACUAGAGGGUGAAAGAUGUAUAGCAGUGGCACUAAAGGAUCGAAUAACCGGGUAUCUAGUAAAGUAUCUGGAUCAAGAAUUCCAACUUUAUUGUUCUCUAUGUUUGCCACCUUCGCUUCCAUUUAUGUUGCUGGCAGAUUAUGGCAGGAUACAGAGAACAGAGUUUAUUUUGAUUAAAGAGUUGAUAGGAUAACCGGGCAGUGUGGUGGAAAAUCUGCUAUUUCAGUGGAUGAUACAUUGAAAAUCAUAGCCUGCAGGGAGCAACAAAAAAAGUUAUCAGCACUUGAGAUGGAAUUGGCUGCAGCUAAACAGGAGGGUUUUACUUCAAGCUUCGUAGCAGAUAAUGAUGGGAUGAAACCGAAGAAAGGCAUUUAGUAGAAAAGGCAUUUAGUAGUAAUAGGAAUACUGACAAGGUUUGGCAGAACGAAUAAUAGGAAUGCAAUCCGUAAAGCAUGGAUGGGUACUGGUAUAACCUUGAACAAAAUGGAGAAUGAGAAGGGUAUAGUUGCACGUUUUGUUAUUGGAAGAAGUGCAAAUCGUGGAGACAAUUUGGAGAAGGCUAUUGACAAUGAAAAUAAGCAGACUAAUGACUUCAUCAUUCUUAAUAAUCAUGUGCAGGCAACUGAUGGGCUUCCCAACAAGGCUAAACUAUUUUUUGCUCAUGCUGCGGAUAAAUGGGAUGCUGAGUUCUAUGCUAAAGUCAAUGACAAUGUUUAUGUUAAUAUUGAUGCCCUUGGAACUACACUAGCAAAUCAUUUGGAUAAGCCUCGUGUUUAUAUUGGCUGUAUGAAAUCAGGUGAAGUUUUCUUUGAACCGAGUCAUAAAUGGUAUGAACCAGAUUGGUGGAAGUUUGGCGAUAAGAAAUCGUACUUCCGCCAUGCUUCUGGUGAAAUGUAUGUCAUAUCGCGAGCUUUGGCUAAAUUUAUAUCAAUAAACAGAUCUAUUCUUUGCGCUUAUGCACAUGAUGAUAUCAGUGCUGGAUCCUGGUUUAUUGGGCUUGAUGUCAAACAUGUAGAUGAAGGGAAGUUUUGCUGCUCAUCUUGGUCAUCAGGAGCUAUUUGUGCAGGUGUUUGAUUUGAUUUGCUUCCAUAUUUUGAUAAAAAAAUAGAAAAGAACAUUCGUCCAGUUACGUUUUGGAUACACUAAACACACUGCGGAUGCGAGAUUCAAGAAUCCACACAAACUGGAGAUUCAAGAAUCCACAUAAACUGUUGGAGUCGGGCAUAUUCGUCAUACAUAUUAAUGAAUAUGCUUCAAUUCUUUCAUUUGUUUGGACAAGUAUACGAUGAUUUAGUCUUAGGAGAUAAUACCAUUAGUGGAAACCUUUUUCUUUUUUCUCCGGCGCAUUAGAGAAUUUUACGUGGAAGGCCAGGACUGUUGGCAUGGUUUCAACCCUGACCUCAUAUAGUAUGAAUCAGAAUAGCAAGGAAACAUCUUGCAAGUCUUGCUGCACAUUCUUUCCUGCUGGACUAAUUAGCUCUUAAAGUGUAAUUGGCUUGUAAUGUCUAAUAAAACCUACAUUGUCCUUUACUUCCCGUGUAAAAUAUUUUCGAUGAUUUUAAGUUU